UGGGUUCAAAGAAACUGAGGUACAAUAAAACAUCACUGGGUGAAGAAAUUAUUGUAAUCCAAUGGAUAGGUUUCCGAUGACCCAUCAUGCCUUGAGACGGAUGCCAUAUUGUGUAUCUUAGAGUUCAGGGGCCAUAAAUGAAUGGUGAAGCGUGAAGUUUUUUCCAUCCUUAAUUUUUCCGUUAAGUGUAAAAGUUAUGACAUCGUUUAAAGCAAAUGCAAACGUAGUGGACAAAAACCCGUUUGGUGCUUUAUGCAGAGACAGAUACUUGGAGAAAUUGAAGGACAUCAGCGGGAAAGAUCCACAUGGAUUUCAAGCGUGUGAAUGGAGUGACGAUGUGGAAGGCUACCCUGACGUUACAUAUCCGAUAUCGUUGUGAGCGCAUACACCCUUGAUGAACUAAAGGCUUACAAGUCUCUAUAAGCCUAUAAUGACUUUGUAAGUGGGUGGCUUCAAGAUGUACGGCAACGGGUGAUCGGUAAUCAGUUUGUAAUGGCAGCUCAAGCAAGACAUUCUCAGAGGUCUACCGAUCCACUACUACGUCCCUGGAUCAUAUCCCAAAAAGAUGGCUGUGUUCUCUCCGGUCUUUGUACUUGUUUGGCCGGUUUUGGAGAAGUGUGUUCACACGUGACUGCCCUUUUUGCAGUCGAGGCUUCAGUAAAAUUACGGGAUAACAAGACAGUUAUAGAAGAGAAGUCUUACUGGUUACGGCACUCUGCAGUUACAAAUGUGUCAUGUUUUUGACUCUUCGUGUUUUGGCUUGCCACUCAUGACACGACACGCAGCAACUGUGUAACUCAAACGAACGGGGAGCGUUCCAGCGGUGAACACGGAACGAACCGUCAUCAAGCCGCCUGCAGCUUCCUCACAAGGACCUGACAGCCCUCGCGGUGGUGGAUGCUUGUUCGUGCUUUAGUAAAUCUUUCUGAAUUUGGACCGAACGUUAUGAAUCCUCGACGCGGGACGCCCCAGAUUACGACUUUAGUAGACUAAAACAUUCGUGGAAUCUUCGUGUCCAGUUGGAGUCGUCUCGUCCUAGCUUAGUUUAGCUUGUUAACAAAGAGACGCGUUUGCUGAGGUAGAAAGUGUUGUGACCAUCGUGUGAAAAUGUCUGCAAAGAGGACAGCAGCAUCUGAGGAGGAACUUUGGGGACCAAAAGAGGAAAAGAAGCCACAAAGUCAAUGGCUGGACGCUGUGUUCAGUCUGCAACCUCGUAUUGCGCUACGCACAGCAGAUGUCAGUGAAAAUCUUCAUCCAGUGUGGCAGCAGUCAGUGUCCCGUCACAUCAAAGAGGAAAAGGAGGGUGAACAGGUUCAGCGCAUCAAAGAGGAGGAGGAGGAGUUCCUAGACUUGAAAGAGGAAGAGCAGGAGGAACUCAUCCAGGUUCCAUCCACUGGUGUCCCUUUGAAAGAAGAUGUCAGUGAAAAUAUUCAUCCAGAGCAGCACCAGUCAAUGUCCCGUCACAUCAAAGAGGAAGCGGAGGGGGAAGAGGUGCAACGCAUCAAAGAGGAGGAAGAGCUUUUACACUUGAAAGAGGAAGAGCAGGAGAAAAUCAUCCAGUUUCCAUUCACUGGUGGCCAUUUGAAGAGUGAAGAUGAAGGUCAAAGUGAAGAGAGACGGGGGGCGGCACCUCCAAGCAGGAACAGCUCAAGUGAGGGAGACCUUUGUGAAAGAUCACAAACAGACGGUCAUGAUGAUGAUGAUGAUGAACAGUUUGAAGGUGAUAUAACAUGUCACAGUACCAACAAAUGCUGGAAACGGUCUCAGUGUCAACAACACGUGAAAAUACACACAGAAGAGAAGCCUUGUUCCUUUCAAACAAUUCACACAAGAACACACACUGAUGAGAAACCUUUUUCCUGCUCAGUUUGUGGUCAAAGAUUCUCUCGGAAGGGACACUUAAAAUCACACACAAGAACACACACUGGCGAGAAGCCUUUUUCCUGUGCAGUUUGUGGUCAAAGAUUCUCUCAGAAGGGAACCUUAAAAAGACACACAAGAGAACACACUGGUGAGAAACCUUUUUCCUGCUCAGUUUGUGGUCAAAGAUUCUCUCGGAAGGGACACUUAAACUCACACACAAGAACACACACUGGUGAGAAACCUUUUUCCUGUUCAGUUUGUGGUCAAAGAUUCUCUCGGAAGGGAACCUUAAAAUUGCACACAAGAAUGCACACUGGUGAGAAACCCUUUUCCUGUUCAGUUUGUGGCCAAACAUUCUCUCUGAAGGGAUACUUAAAAAUACACAUAAGAAUACACACUGGUGAGAAACCUUUUUCCUGCUUAGUUUGUGGUCAAAGUUUCUCUCAAAAGGGACCCUUAAAAUCACACACAAGAAUACACUCUGUUGAGGAACCUUUUUCCUGUACAGUGUGUGGCCAAAUGUUCCCUAAGAAGGAAUAUUUACAAAUACACACAAGAAUACACACUGGUGAGAAACCUUUUUCCUGCUGAGUUUGUGGUUAAAGAUUCUCUUAUAAGUCUCUGGCUCAAACACACAAGUGUGCUGGUGAUAACGGUAACCAAGGUUUUCAUGCAUAUGUGAAGAUUUAAAAAAACAGUUACUAUGUUACUGACUUGGGAAAAAUCAACAUUUUUCUGUGGGCAAGCUUCCUUUGUAUCUUUUUUUUUCCUGAUAUGUUUUAAUUUUGAAGAUGAGGGUAUUACACUUGACUGCUACAAAAUAUAAAAUAUGACUAAUUACUAACACUUUAUAGGAUAUUGCCUAUAUUUUCCCAUACCUGCUAUGUCAGUAGUUUUUAAUUUUCAGUUUUUGUAAUGAAAAUGUUGCAUUGAAAAUGGAAUUCAUUCUUUCCCAAUUGGUCCAUCUUGAGGUGGGGAGGGUGGGGAGAAAAUAACCUAUUUCUGAAAUAUGAACCAUGAAGACUCGUACUUCCUUUGAGCAAUGUAUGCAUUUUGUCUGUUUUUGUGAUGUUUGUAUCAAAUUUUUUGAUUGAACUCAGACUGUCGGGAAACUUAGACUUUGAACUGAAAUUGUUGUGUAUUUGUGAUCUUGAAUGAAAUACACCCCCUAAAACAACAUGUCUACA